GCUUUUCCGCUUGGUUUAUAACAUUGGUGCUCUCAUUGAGAGUCCCACGCAUUGGGCCGUGACUCGGAGUGGUGGCCUGGACCCAAGACAGGUGUUAGCCGUGACCAACGAGGAUCGAUCCACGUAUGGGGAGCCGCGCGUUGUUGAGCCAUGACUCGUAGUGGUGGCCUGUGUGCUAGUAUGGUGGUCUGGACCCAAGAGGGGUGCCAGCCGUGACCAACGAGGAUUGAUCCACGCGUGGAGCCAUGACUCGAAGUGGUGGUCUGGACCUAAGAGGGGUGUCAGCCGUGACCGUGACUCGUAGUGGUGGCCUGGACCAAAGAGGGGUGCCAGCCGUGAGCAACGAGGAUCGAUCCGCGUGUGGAGCCAUGACUCAGAGUGGUGGCCUGGACCUAAGAGGGGUGCCAACCGUGACCAACUGGGCUUAGCCGUGACAAAUGAGGUCGUUGGUUCUCAAGCGGAGACGAUUGUUAUGAAUUAAUUGUUUGACCAACUGGGCCCAGCCGUGACAAACGAGGUCGUUGGUUCUCAAGCGGAGGCGAUUGUUAUGAACCAAUUGUCCCACAUUGAAAAAAUAGAGAAAUGCUAGCGGAGGCGAUUGUUAUGAACCAAUGGGUUUAGACUAGUCUUUUGGGUUGGGCUCUCCCGUUUGGUUUGCUUUCAUCAGAGGACUUUAAUGGAGGACCAAAAAUUUUGAACUCCCUAUUAUUCAAUUAACGUAGGAAGGGAUUCAUAGUCAAAGGAGACAUGUAAAAUUCUUUCACGAUUACAGGAGUUGAUUAGAAAACCUAUGAUUCAAUUAACGUAGGAAGGGAUUCAUGGUCAAAGGAGACAUGUAAAAUUCUUUCAUUAUUACACGAGUUGAUUGGAAAACCUACAAAGAGUAAAUCUACUCCGGUGGAAUUUCCACGGUUUUACAAGGAGUAAAUCUACUCCGACGGAAUUUCCACGGUUUUGUGGUGAGAAUCCUAAGUUAUGGAUCUCUCAGGCUGAAUGCUACUUUGAUUUUUAUGAAAUUGCAGAAAACCACAAGUUAUCUCUGGCUUCGUCCUAUCUUGAUGGGGCUGCUUUGUUGUGGUAUCAAUGGCUUUUCCAGAACAAGCAAUUGGUUGAUUGGGAACAUUUUACCACAAAAGUGUUGAUUCAUUUUCCUAAGCGAUAUGUCGAAUCGCUGGAAAGUAGGGCUAAUCAGGUGCUUCAUUUUGAUGCUAUUUCGUGGGGCUUCAGUGAGCCAGAUGAACUUUUGUCAUGCCCUACACAUGUUUAUACACAGUGGAGAAGUAAAACCAACCCAUCUUUGCCUCAGAAAUUUGAUGUGCAAUCUGAAAGCAAAAGAAAAAUGGAUGCACACAAGAUGUUCGAUGAAAUGUCAAAUAGAUGCUGCCCCAAGGUAAUCACCGUGUCAAAAAUUCCAAUUGAAAUAGCCGUGACAGAGGGAGAUAAUAGAAAUCUCGGAAAUAAGUAUAUCAUGGACGUUGGUGAUUCGGCACAUGAUGAAAUUUCAGUACUUUGUCUCCUUUAACACUAACGGAGUCUACCUUUGAGGAUGGAAAGCCUGGGAGCAAAGUGAAAGAGCAAGUCGAAGGCUCCAAGGAUGUGGUUCAAUAGAAGAUGAUUGCUACUACAAAUAUCCAUGAGGAGUUAGGUCCAGAGGAAUUUUUCCCAAUCUUCCAUGAUUUUUCAUCACUAAAUCCAAUUUCUACUGCCAUGCCUCUAUCUGAAUCUUUUUAUGCUUCCUGUAUCCCCACACAGAGCUUAUUCACUGUCUCCACAUCUGAUGCUUGCUUACAUGGUAUUCAACCACUCAACAAAUUUAAAUUACCAGGGACUAUUCCAUAUAAUAGUUACGUUGAUGAUUGGUUCGACACAGGGCAAGAUUUUGAAGUUGAUUUAUGUGUGCUUUUGUCUAUUGACUCUGAAGAGACAACUCAAGUUUCACAUGAGUGCUUUUAUCUAUUGACUCUGAAGAGCUAACUCAAGUUUCACAUGAGGAAUCAUGGCUGAUUUCUUUUCAUGGCUGCGAGUAUUUACAGUUGCAUGAUGAGAGCUUCACGAACUCCGUCCCUGAUGAAAAUUUUCCUACUGAGUUUGAAAAUCCAGCUUGGGCUGGAAAGUUUGCACUAAUUAUCAAACAAUCACUACUUCAUGAAUCUCAACUUUUAGUUUUGAGUUGCAUUGUACUGAAUUUGGAUUUGCUUGAACGACCGAUAGUCGAGGCAGGACACUAUUCGCCUGAUGUUAUUUGUUUACAAGUGCAUCAUGGCAGCCUUGAACAUCUUGGUAAAUCAUCCUCCGAUGAGGGUAGGAAUCAUUUGCCUGCUCGACAGGCCAGAAAUAGCCACUCUCAAUGAGGACUCGAGCUUGGUCAAUGCUUGGAGGAGAAGUUUAUUAUGUCAGCUUAUGGUUAUGCGGAGCUUAUAAGCAGAGGUAUAUUUGUGUGCUUUGGUACACUUGGUCAUGCUACACUUAUAGUAACUUGGUGUCAGUUUUUCCAUAAUCGAUUUGUAUCAAACUUUCCUUUUGAUCAUGGUUCAAGCUUUCUGUUUGCUUACAUUGGCGCGAAGACAAAUAUGGCUUCUUUUAUCAGUCAUCAGGACACCAUUUUGGCGACAAGAGGGGCUGAUUUUGUCAGAACACAAACUGCGGUGCAACUUCUGCCACAAAAUGCACCCAAAGCUAUUCAAAUAGUUGCUGAAAUAUGUGACUACAAGAUUAUUGAGAGUGUUUUAAGAUAUCAACUGAAGCAGUUUGUGGUUGUUGAAACAAAAGUUAUAUUAAGUGUACUCAAUCCUGCAAUAAGAGUGGAUAAAGACAUAAAGCAGGAAGCUCUUGUCUUUGGCGCGGUGAACAAUUUAAUAGAAGCAUUGAACUUAAUUGCAAUUACAACCCCUAGAGUUGUAAUUUUUCUUUUCAAAGAAUAUCCAGUUCGUCUUAGCAAGUUCGUAGGGCAUGCUACUAAGGUGGAUUUUUCAAAGGAAUCAUCAAUGGUUGCAGGUGUUGCCUUUUACAUGGAAUCAAACAGUGGCUCAGAGACAAGAAUGGGUCAGAAUAAUAUAUUUACCACAACAAUUGCUCUAGCAACGACUUAUUUCUCAUCUCCCAAAUUGAUGUUUUUCUACUCGAACCUUGAGGACAAGGUUCUCUUUCAGGAUGGGAGUAUUGUUGUGAACCAAGUCGACUUUGUAUUGGGAUAUGGGUUAGAAGUGGUGAAUUGGACUGAUCCAGUUGAGAUUAUUGGACCUAUUGAAAUGUUGGAGAGUUUUAUUUGGGAUCCAGGCCUAAUUGUCAAUUGGUUAAAUAGGACUUGGCAUUCAACAGAACAUUAUGCGUAUUAUGUGAAGCCUUGGCUUAUCUGUUGUUCUCUCAUCUCCAUUCUGUGUCUAAUAUCUCGGCUUUCGGAACUUUUCUAUGCCAGUGAAGAAGAUUCUAAUGUGAAGUUGAUAAUAUUAAAGGGACACGGAAGGGCUUUUUGUGCUGGUGGUGAUGUUUCACUUGUUUUUCAUAAUGCUCGCAAGGGAAACUGGAAAGUCGGCGCUAAUUAUCUCCAAAAGGAGUACAUUUUGAACUAUGUGAUGGCAACGUAUAGCAAACCCCAGGUUUCCAUCCUUAAUGGAAUUGUCAUGGGAGGUGGAGCUGGUGCUUCUAUACAUGGUAGAUUUCGAGUUGCAACAGAAAAAUCGGUAUUUUCUAUGCCUGAAACAGCUAUGGGACUCUUUCCUGAUGUAGGUGCCUCUUAUUUUUUAUCAAGACUUCCAGAAUCCUUUGGGGAGUAUGCUGGUCUUACUGGUGCUAGGUUGGAUGGAGCUGAAAUGCUUGCUUGUGGUCUUGCAACCCACUUUGUGUCAUCGGAUAAAUUGCCACUUUUAGAACAAGAGCUAGCUAAAGUCGAUACGAGUGAUCCAGAUGCCAUAUCUGCUAUCAUAAGUCGCUUCUCCAACAUACCAAAGCUGAAAGAAGAAAGUCCUUGUCAUAGGAUGAAGAUAAUAGAUCACUGUUUCUCUCCAAGGUCAAUGGAAGAAAUCAUAUCUACUCUUGAAAGUGAGGCUUUGGACAAGAAGGAUGGCUGGAUCUCUUCAACCAUCCAAUUGCUGAAGAAAGCAUCUCCUACAAGUCUUAAAAUUACCUUGAAAUUGAUAAGAGAAGGGAGGUUGCAAGGUGUUGGUAGUUGCCUUGUUCGUGAGUAUAGGGUAAUUUGUCAUGUGUUGAGGGGAGAAUUUAACAGGGAUAUUCUUGAGGGUUUUAGAGCCAUACUCAUCGACAAGGAUAGAAAUCCUAAGUGGGAGCCAUCCAGACUUGAACUAAUUAGUGAUGAUGAUGUUGAUCGUUACUUAUCUGAGAUAGAUGAUGAAGACUGGGAAGACCUGAAACUGCCUCCAAGAUCAAACUUACCUUCAUAUGCAAUUGCAAAGCUUUAAAAUUGACUUCUUAAGAUCUUGUAAUACUUUACAGUAUGUUGCCUCUGUUCACUAUGACUAGAUCAUUAUGAAGCCGUCAAUUAUUAGUAAAACAGUAAUAACUUUAUUGCAAAAUGGUCCACCAAAUAAAUGCACAUCACACUUUUGUAUGAAA